AUGUCGUCGUCGCGGGCCCACCAACCCUUGUUCGUCCUGAAGCAGCAUUGUAGUGCUGUUUCGACCUGCGCUCUGGACGGCCAGGGGGUGUUUGCCAACUUUUUGCUUAGUGGCGACGUCGACGGAAUAGUUAGGUUGUGGGAUUUGGAGCUGCGUGAGGCUCUGUUUUCGUUUCAUCCGGUCCAAACCGUGAGAGGGAGCACGAAGAUGGUAACGGAGGGGUCAUUUUCUUCUUCGGCUGGGGAUGGCGUGCUGCAGGUCGGGUUCCUUUCCUUUACAGAAGCGGUCGCUGACAGUGCAGAGACUACGGAGGUUUGGUUUUACACACAAUGUCGAAAUCAACAACUUUAUGUGUGGAAAAUUCGCUUAUGCGAUUUUGAUAGUGGAUUUGGUGGUGAGGAAUGCGGCUUGGAGACUGAGAAGUUUGUGGAGCUACUGCAUACAAUUGAUGUACCGCAGCACGGGUUCUGCCCGGUGCCUUCUGUCUGUUCCUCCCCAACUAAGUUUCUACUCGCAGUUCCGCAUGACAGCAAUGGAAUUGUUAGCCUAUGGGAUGUCUGUUUGAUUUCUCGAACACCCCUGUCUUGUGAAGGGUUAAAAGUUAAUUGUUCGCGGUCUUUCUCUGCUGCCGGUACCCUGGCGAAAUGUGGUACAAUAAUGUGUAUUAGUUUUCGAGAUUCGACCCACAUCGCAGUUGCGUUUGAGAGCGGGAACGUUUCACUCAACAGUACGUGCGGCCUGCAGCUGGCGAUAAUUCGUGCUUUUGCGGAAACAGCAGUUGCGUGUGUGUGGUCCGGUGCUGCGCUUCUCGUAACAUCGGCUGAGGGCCGUCUUCAGUGCUAUACAGUAGUCGAAAGCACUGCGGAGACUCGAGACGACGCUGGGAGUGCUACUGUUACGAAUAUCUCUCUCGUUUUGAGGUGGGAAGUCACCCUCUCAAAGGGUUUAGGGUGUGUGGCAUUGCAGCGCCAUCUAGUGGUCGUUGGCUCCUGGGAUCACACACUGCGUCUGUUUGAUGAAGGUUCGGGCCGGGUUAUUUCCAUUUUAACCUUUCACAAUUCUACUGUUAACAGUGUUGCAAUGCCACCAGAUAAUGUAGCGGGCUGCGCAUUGUUUGGAUAUGACGUGCGGCGCCCCCGUUGGUGUGAUGGUGGCACCGUUUCUUGCAGUGGCAAGCAAAGUACAAACGAUCAAAAGGAUAAAGACGUGUACCUUUUCGCAUCCGCGGGUGGAGACUAUGCUGUCGCUGUGUGGCGCGUGGACUUCAAAACACUUACCGCUCUUUCGCGUGACACGCUAUAA